GGUAUGAAGGGGUAUGGGGAUGAGUCUUCCCCAUACGCAGCUAUGCUUGCAGCACAGGAUGUUUCUAUGACAUGCAAGGAAUUGCGUAUUACUGCUCUUCAUAUUAAGUUGUGGGCAACGGGUGGCAACAAAACUAAGACACCUGGCCCUGGUACCCAGUCUGCACUCCGUGCUCUUGCUCGUUCUGGAAUGAGAAUUGGUCGUGUUGAGGAUGUGACUCCAAUUCCUGCCGAUAACACCAGUAGAAAGGGUGGUAGAAGAGGAAGAAGGCUGUGAGCUUGCAGGUCAUGUCCGGGCAGGACUGUUUGGGUCAUGCCGUUGGAUUUUGAGACUCUUAAACUAGCCUCUGCUACUUUCCUGCUUUUGAACUGAUAUGUAGCUUCUGACUGUUUUGCUAAAAAUUUAUAUUCAGUUUCUUUAUGAAGAGA